UCUGUUAGAACGGCAACACUAGGCUCCAACAAAGGCUCCACCACACCGUCGUGCGGAUCCGAGGCCCAACGGCGGCGGUGGGGGAGGCGGCGACCGUGUGGGAGGUCGCGCUGAGGCGGGGGACUGAACCUGGACUGCGCGAGGCGCGAGGUAGGCUGGGCGGCGGCGGAAGAAAUCACCGAUGGGCGAUGCGCAGGCGGCAGGGGAGGGUCCGCGCUGCGUUGGCUGCGGCGGGCGCGUGAAGACGCUCUUCGUGCAGUACUCCCCGGGCAACAUCCGCUUGAUGAAAUGCGAUAACUGCAAGGCUGUUGCUGAUCCCUACAUCGAGUGCGAGUUCAUGAUCAUCUUGAUUGAUCUUGUCCUGCACAAGACAAGGGCAUACCGCCAUGUUCUGUUUAAUAAGCUGAGCAUGGGAUCAUCUGUUGACAAGGGAAUACUUUACCGGUCUACUUUGAUACAUAUUGCUCUUGAUGCAUUCAGAAUAUCUUUUUCGAAAGGAAACAGAGCUGAUGGGGCUUCUUCCAGGAGUAUUUUCUCAACAAUUUCCAAUUGCACUGAGGUUAUUGGCGAUGCAUUGUUGGGAAACAUCAUAUUUAUGAUCAUUUUACUCCUGGGAGUGCGAUUUAUUCUCAAAUUAUCUUUCGAUGUUAUAAGGUAUAGGGAUGUUCUGUUCGCUGUCAUCAUUUCAAGCUACUUCAAGCUGUUCCUUUUCACAAUGAUGGUUUGGGAGUUUCCAUCAUCUGUUAUAUUCAUUGUUGAAAUGUUUGUUCUCUCAUCAAAUGUUGUAGCCCUGAGAGUUGUUUCGCAGUUUCCAAAAGCCCACUGCUUCGCGGUCUGCUUAGUAGCGCAUGCAGCAAAAUACUUAACCCAGCGAUGGAUCCUUGGAACGCCAUGAACCCUGAACUCGUCCAGAACUCCAGAUCAUCCUGGAGCUUCAAGCAUGGCCCUAGUCUACAGAUGGACCGUCCUGGUGCUUCUAGCGCUGUCUAGUAGGUAUACUGUGCCCUGAUGGUGAGCUCUGAUGGUUGGAUGCUGGCUUCUUGAGCCUAGGAUGCUUGGCCGCUCAUGAUGUCGCGACAUUGUUUGGUAUAUAAUACAAUGACUGUAUUCCUAAGUUUGGUCUUCUCCCCCCCCCCCCCCCCCUUCCCUGUGAGUAGCUGAGCUGUGGACCAUGCUGGAAUUGCACGGUCUCGUGGCUCAUGGCAUCUGUGCAGCCCGAGCCCAGCACCGGCUGUUGAGCAAUCUUUUCCAUGUUGUACUUGUGGCAAAGACGGAUAUGGCAUCUUUACUCGUAGGUACUAGCUUCUGAGUGUUGUGUUGUGUGGUUGGUACUUGGUUGGUCCCUUUACCCUACCAUACCAACGGCCUACGUGGCUACGUAGCCUCAGCAUCUCCUGUUCCCGAAAGAGUGCAGCAAAGUAAGGACCUACUACUGUAUUAGGCUAUUACCAUUGUGUUAUGCUUUGGCGGUUCUGUCAA